AUGGACAUAAAUAAUAACAAUUACACAGUCAACCAGCUGCUGGACACGCACAAACAAAAACUUGCUGUAUAUGCAGCUAGACUCGAAAGAUAUAACGAAUCAUAUAAGAGGAAAAUCGAAAACAGAACAUUCUUAAACAGUGAAAGAACAUUCUACAGAAAACUAAACAUAGAACAAGAAAUAGGACACAUACAACCAACUAAAAAAGAAAUAACCACUUUCUGGACACAAAUAUGGUCAAACACAGCAGAACACAACACACACGCAACAUGGAUAACAGACGAGAAACAGAAAUAUGAAGACAUGCCAGAACAAGCCGAAUACAAAAUAACGGAAGACGAGCUAAAAAAUACAAUACGCAGCACACAUAAUUGGAAACACCCAGGACCAGAUCACAUACAAAACUACUGGUACAAGAAAUUUACAACCACACAUCCAUACCUAACACAGCAGAUAAAUAAGAUAAUAGAGGACCCCCAAGAACUCCUGAGUUUCCUAACCGAAGGGAUCACUUUCACUAAACCCAAAAAUCAAAACACUGAAAACCUAGCAAACUAUAGACCCAUUACGUGCUUACCAACAUUAUAUAAAAUAAUAACAAGUACAAUAUGCCGGCAAAUCGAUACACACCUCACAAAAAACAAUAUAAUCUCAGAAGAACUAAAAGGAUGCAGAAGAAAUAGCCAAGGAUGUAAAGAACAACUUAUCAUAGACAGUAUAAUAAUGAACCAAGCAAGAAAGCAGUAA